CUAGUUUAUUUAGUGGAAAAGGAAAAUAUGAACGGUUGAAAGCGAAUAUAAGAUCAAAUUGCAAGAUUUGAGUCGAGUCCAAGGAUAGCACGGACAGAAAUCGGUAGGAUUUUCUUACAGUGAAUCGAUCCGAGGCCGCAGGGAAAUCUUCUCUUUUCGAAGUGUAUAUCCUUGCAGUCAUGGAUUCAAACAAGGGACAGGGUGGAAUACAACUGUUAUUGGCUGCAGAGCAGGAAGCUCAGCACAUUAUUGCUUCUGCAAGAGCUGCAAAAACUGUUAGAUUGAAACAGGCAAAAGAGGAAGCUGAAAGAGAAAUUGCUGCUUAUCGGGCACAGAGGGAAAGUGAGUUUCGGAAGAAGGUUGCAGAGUCAAGUGGUGAUUCUGGAUCCAAUGUCAAGCGUCUCGAGGAAGAAACACAUAUCAAGAUCGAACAGUUGAAAAAUGAAGCAUCUAAAGUUUCUCCAGAGGUGGUUGCCAUGCUUAUGAAGUAUGUAACUACUGUGAGGAAUUGAUGCACAUGGAAUUAUUAGUUCCUGCAGAGGUGUAUCUACCAUUCAGUUCCUUAUAGUCAAUUCAAUCUUGUGCCUGAUUGGAAGUUUACCAUAAGAUUGCUGUCACUAAAAAUACAUCUCUGAUCAGAGUAGAUGAUAGAGACUAUUCUGUGUGUGCUGCAGUGAAACAUGCGGAAUCAAUGCUAUUUAUAAAUGUAUUCCAGAUUUGCAAAUUUCCAGACUAGUAUUUAUUUGUUAUUAGAGAGAAACUGGUAUCUUCGAUUUUUCUACCCUUUUUCUAUAUUUAUUAUCAAUUGCUUGGAUUGUUUAGAACAA